GAGCCCAUUAGCCAUCAAGCUGUGACCUGGCAUUUGUGUUGACUAUAGAAACCCAGGGAGAAGGGGCCAUUUUGUGCUGGAGCUGGAGAAGGAGGCCCGAGCUUUUCCUGCUGUGGAGAGCAGCACUGUGGAGCAGUCAACAAGAUCCAGAGUUCACAGGUGAUUUAUUCUUGAGAAGGAGCAACAUGGAUGAAGUAUACCACAUCUCUUCUACUGAGAAGGUCCAGCAGCUGGAAGGAGAACUAGCGGCGCAGCUGGAAGAACUGAAGGCACAAAUAGAAGACAACGGGGUACUUCAGGGAACACCAAACAGGGCAUACAGUUCUGUUCCAAUUCCAAAAGAUGCAACUUAUUUCAGAAAAGAAAGAGAGAGAACACUGAAGAAAGUCUUACAGGUAGCGGAAGCGAAGCCCCUUGUUGUUCAGGCUGAUGUCAUGCAGAGGGAGUUAGAGAGCUGCUGGAGAAAGGAGCACGAAGCCGCAAGCUUGCCGCUGCUGCUGCACCAGUUUUUUACAGACAGAAUCACUCAGUUAGUCCAGAGUAAAUAUUUGCACAUGCACAGAUGGAAGAGAUUUUGUACGCACAGCAGUGUUAUUGAGCAGCUCUAUUCUCUCUAUCAGAAGCAAGUUAGUCACAUCAUGGAAGAAUACAAUGAUGCAGUUCAGAGGGCUGCAAGGCUUUCAGCUGCAAGGGAGAACUUCCUGACAGGAAAGAAAAAUCCAAUGAAUGUAGUGACUCAGGAAGAUCUGAUGAUUUACACCCAAUGGUUAGUGUGCCACCUGCACUCUCUGAAGGGCAUUCACCGUUUUCUCCAGGUUCUCCAGCAUUUGCCUGUUUCUCACAAACUGUGUGUAGCUGAUGAGAAAUGUCCUGAUGCGAUCCAAGACAAAUGGGACAAAUUAAGGAGUACCUUUGACAGAAAUUCAGAUAUUUUUAAUAUUGAUGUGUUUUGCUGUUCAAAAUUUUUAAGAAACGAAUCUUGCCACAAGGAUGCUGGAUUCACUCUGCCCUGUCACAGCACUGAAACCAAGGAGCUGAAAGCCCAGCUCCAGCAUCUGUUGGCUCAUUUUGAUAUUGACUACAACCUUAAAGAUCUCAAGGACCCAGCUGAUGAGAUGGAGCUCUUUUAUUUGGUUGUCCAAAAAUUUAGGAGCAUCUUCUGCAAACAGCAGACAAUGAGAACAUUUCCAGUUUAUGACACAGAGAUUUCUAGAUUGGAGAAGUGGGGCAUGUCAGAUCCAACCAGGGCUUUGAAAAAGAGAGCUAACUGGAUCCCUUUUAUAAAGCAGAUUAAGCCUAAAGUAGAUCCCUGGCAGCAAAAGCUUUUGAUAAAAAUGAAACAAUGGAAAAAAGUGAAUAAGAUGAUGGACAUUCAUUCAAAAUUUGUAGAGGUCUCAGACAUGGAGAGGGUGAUGGAGGGUCUCCAGGAUCAUGCAGCAGCGGUGCUCAAACCACAUCCUUUGCGGUCAGCUUCUGCCACUUGUUCUCAUGCCUCAGGACAGCAGAGCUACGAUCACAUCUGGAAGGAAGUCUACGCCUUCACUGAGCAUCACCAGGAAUUAAACACUGAGGAUGAUAACGCAGCCAUGGCUUGCAGUGGGGAAGGUGCAGGAGAAAGCAGCUCCAGAAAGCUCCCAGGAUCCUACAGAAAGAAGAAUGAAAGAGGGUAUGGUUGCAUGAGCACCUGGCAGCUUCUGGGGCUAGAAGAAGGACCAGUGAUUGCCAACAAGGAAGACGUGGUGAUGAGAGGAACCUAUCUUUCCUUUCUUCUCCUACAUCACUUGAGGCUCCGAGAGCUAAAGAGAGUGUGCCUGGGAAUCCUGAACUACUUCAGGUCUGUGGAGAGAAGCCUUACUAUUAGUACUGCAGGCCUCUCCCUCAAGGCUGGUCCUCUGAUUCCCAGCGCAGAAGACACCUCUUGGAUCAGUGCUGCUAAAGGAGGCACUGGUGCUUCUGGUGGCUUGCGCUCUCAGCCCUACGUUCACUACACACCAGCUGACUACAAGGUCCACAGCACUCAGUUCAUGGAGUUUGCAGAGGUGGAAAACCAUGAUGACUUUCACACUUGUGAAGAUGGAUAUAUCCACACGCAGGACCAGCGUGGGGCUUACAUCAUAUAUGAUGUAGCACUGGAGGACCUAAAGGAGCUUGAGAACCAGUUGCUGCUUGUGGCCAGCCAGUACAUUGAGAAAGAUAAAAGCAAUGUAACUUGUGGGAAAUUCAGUGGCAGCAAUAUCCUUGAGUGGGCACAUGCCUUUGUGGAUCGAUUUGCAGUGUUGCUUGACCUCUGGACCUGUGAAACUGCUCUCUUGGAAAAAAAAUGCCAGCUUCUAGAUGUUUACUUCGAGGCCUACCAACACGCUUUGGACCCAGAGGAAAGAUUUGCUUUGGCCCAGGUGAUAACUGACAUCAUGCAUAAACAUCCACGAUUUGAUCUCGAACUUGAAUAUUUUGUGAACAUCUACAGAGAUGAAUGCAUCUGUUUACAACUUCAUCUCCAGCUGCUGAGGGACAUAGUAAACCAACAAAUAGAUGUCCAGAGGGAAUACAUCCACAAGAUUUGGCGGAAAGGUCAGAAAGGUGGCAUCAAUGAAUUUGGACUUCCUUAUAAUGUGAUUACUAAGCAACUUAUCUCUCUUAACACUAGCUGUCCUACUUCGAAGAACAUUUAUUUGCUGGAGUUUCACCCUUCUCUUGGUCUGAUGUGCUCAAUCCCCAAAGCUCUGGAGUGUAUCUACCAGGAGUUCUACAGCAUGUGUAGACCCAAAACAGCCAGUAGAGCAAUUAAACUAGAAAAACAAGUACUUCAGCUGGCACUUGAUGAGUGGCUGACUAUGGAAAAACCAGAAUCUUUCUACAGCUCUCAGAUUCAAAAAGAUUUGUUUGCAGAGGUACUGAUCGAGGACCCUGUGCUGGUACAAGAGAUUGCUUUGUCACUAUUAGAGGUGGGAGCAGACGAAGAAAGAAAAGAAGGCAAAGAAAGGCAGUUCUUUAUCCUGGAUUCAUUCUCCAUGCUCCUGGAGCUGAUCACACUCCGGCAUCGGUUGACUGAGGUGGCAACAGAGAGCGUGCGGUUAGCCAGUUUAUAUAAGGCUUUUGCAAUGGAAGCAGGUUUUGGGGAGUUCCAUUUGUAUCUGAGGCCAGUGCACUUCGAAUCUGCACUUCACAAGGAGAAAGCAGACCGUCUGCCACCAACGUUUAUUACUUCUCUGCUGGAAGAUGACAGCUGUGUUGACAGAUAUAUUCCAAGUAGCUUACCAUUAAGCAUUCAAGAGAUCGACAGUCAUGUUGGAAAAUUUAGUUUCAGGACCAGAGAUGGUGUUAUGCAGCUCUUGUGUCCAUCUGGAAUAAAGAGCAUGCAACUUAUCCUUGCCUGCCAGGUUGUUCAGAAAAAUGCUCUUUUGGCAGCUGUUCAGCAAGCCUCCUUUUGUUACCUGGUCCAGUUUACCCAUUCCCUGGACGUAAAGGGAGGAAAUGUAAGUCUAACAAGUCAGAGCAGUUCAGCAAGUGGAAGAAAUUCUGUGUCUGGGAGCCAAGCAGAGGAUCAGCUGCUGCCAGCAACCAUGUUGGCCACAUCAUUUUCUCCUGGGCGUUCUUUGUAUUUACACCAAGCCUUUCACAGGCCUCCAGAAGCUUUUGUUUCCAUUCAGCUGGAGAAGCUAGGGCCCCGAGAUAUGAUGCUGAACACUUUCAUCCAAAAGAAAGAAACACUAGGCAGCAGAAUGCAAAACCCUGAUGAAGUUCUACAACUGAAAAGAGACAUUAUAGUUGAAUAUUGUCAUAAGCUGAAUCAACGUGUGUCCCAGCACGCCCUGCGAGGUCAGCUCAUUGCAUUCUACAAUAGCCUAAGAUGCCUCUUAGAUGAUUUCCCUGUUGUCAGAGACAAGUACUUUAUAAUUGAACUCUCUCAAGGAAAAAAAGAGCAAGAGUUAAAGGAAAACUUUGCAGCUGAUCCCAGAUCUUUCCAUCCUCGGCCCCGCUAUUUGCUGUCUCCGGAUGGAUGCACCUUCCUGAACUUGUGGUUCAUCCCUCACCCUACUGAAGUCCUGAUUAUGUUCAAAAUGCUUCCAGAGAAGGCUGCUCUCAAAGCUCUCCGCCUGAGCCUACAAAUUGUCGGUGCAUUUCAUGAUGUCGUUGCCUAUCUCCUGGCUUUUGCUCAAUUAGGAAAUUCACCAAGCUCUUUUUGUGCCUUAAACCCAGAGCCUCUGACUCCAGAAUGGGGAGGGACUGGAAGGAUUGGGACUGAACUUCAAGAGAUACAGAGAAUGAUUGACAGCCUCCAGAAUCCCCAGGAUCCCAGCAAAGUAGCCCAGCUGCUAGCUGCUCACAGAGACGUAAUGUUUCUACAGUUUGAUGCAGCAAUCAGACACCGACUACGGGAGACAUUUUUGUCCUCUGGGAAUAUUUCAGCCUACCGGAGUAUUACAGACAGAAUAUACCAUGCGCUGCCUCCACUGAGUAAGUCUGUGAUUCCAAGUCUGUUUGCUGCACAGCUGAGGCUCCCACAGCUGCUGGAUGUUCAGAGCUGCAGGACACUCAUGCAUUUUCCUUGGAGGACAUUCCUAAUGGAUGGAGGAUUGUUUCCAGUCACUAUCAAUAACACAAUUAAUUUAAAUUACAACAUGCAGUUAUGCCUGUGCAACUUGAGUGAUGCAGACCGGAGAGUCGCUCAUGGGGAGCUAGCUGCCAUGCAGUUUCUCAUGGAAGAUGUCCUGCAGAACCACAGUGACUCUGCUGUGGAACAUCAUGCUCAUUGUCAAGCCUCAUUAGCUAACAGUAAGCAGCACAGAAAUUCUGCGCCCAGCCAUGAAAGCCAUAGCCAGACAAAUGGGCAUUGAGGAGGACUUCAGAGAGCCUUUCACAAGCACUCAGCAUGUACUUCCCCCAAGAGGAGUAUCAGAAAUUGAAAUGAAAGUGUAUCAGCUUCAAAAGCUUCUGGAAAGCCUGGAAAUCCACAUGAUCCAUGAUGUGCAGAAGAAGAUUAAGCAGGAGAUGACUCUAGUGAUAUCUGAAAGAGCCAGACAAGAGAGCAGCCUCCCCACUG